AUGCCUCGUGCAUUGUGGCCCUCUCCGCCAGCAUACCUGUAUGCGCGUAUGCACUCCCUGCUCCCGCUCCCCGUCCUUUUCUUGAGUGUGCUGCUCGCCGCAGCUGCAUCCCUAAUUCGCCUCUCGCUUCAAUGUCCCUCUAUCUUCUUCUGUGUCCAGGACGAUGAUAUAAGACAGACGCAGCGCCAGCUGGUCAUACUCGACGAGCAGUCCAAGGACGCCCUCAACUUAGUAUUCAGCCUCCAGAGGACCGUCCUCGGCAUCCGACGGCGCCUCGGCGAGGGGGUGCCCGGCGACGCCGAUGCCGACGCCGACACGUCCGCGUCGGAGGCGGCGGCGCCGCCCGAGGCCGAGGCUACAUCGCAAGCGGAGCCGCCGAAAGCAUCGGGCACCAGGGAGGCAGCUGAGCGACCAGCGGCGAUCUACUACCCGUCUGCUUCGGAGCGCGGCCUGGAGCUGCGGCCCAAGUCGCCCCCCGGCAGCCAGGCUGCCGGAGCGGCCGGCGCUCCCGCGGACACAGGCCCGGGCGCCCGAGGCGAGGGCGGCGACGCCGGCGCGGCCGAGGGCGGCGGCGGCCCAGCGGCCCGAGAGGCCCCAGAGGGCGAGGAUUCUGACAGUUAUGCCAACGAGACCUUCGAGGAGUCGAUCGAGGAGCUCGACCUGCCCGGGCAGUGA